AUGCACACGCUGCACCGGAGCAGCAGGAGUAGGUCCAAGACCGCCCCAGAGACCGGCGCAGCAACCACCACGACUGAUACCGCCCACUCGACGCCCACGCACAUUCCUGCGAAAGCUCCCACCCCCGAGCCUCUGGAGUCGCCAGAACCUGCCUCUCCUCCCCUCCCGCGCGACGUACCCCACCUGCGCAACAGCUCCACCGCCCAGGACACACCCACGGGCACCGCCCCGGUCGAAGCUCUCGCGACAAUGUCUGCCGACACGAACGGGACGAACGAGCAUGACAACGAGCAAAAUGGGGGUAUCGCUGAUGUUGGCGACGAGGGCUCGAGCAGCCUCAGCGAGCCAGAGGAGAGCAUCGAGGACCGCGACGAGGCCGUGUUGCGAGACGUCGCAUCGCCCGCAGCCGAAGAAAACGACUCCGAGGCAGAGACGGAGCGCAUUGACAGCACUCCGCGCAAAUCCACGCGCACGGCGACCGACGUCACAAAUGGUGCCGAAGGUCGGAGCCCCAGCAAGCUAGCGAAGGUUGCAGUAACGGCAGAACCGGAGAACCUUAGCCAGAGCCCUGCCCUCCCUACACGGCAACGCAAGGCAAACUCGGAUGACGACGACCUCAGUGACGAGGACGACGAGCUUCCCGCCGAAAGCAAGCACAAUGCCGAGGCCGACGCUGAGGACUCAGCCUCGCCCGAAGGUAGCGAGCGCAAGCGCAAGCGAUCGAGUAGCGCUCUGUCGUCCAUUGCGGACGAUUUGGACAACGAACAGCCCUCUCGGAAACGCCCCAGCCCCACCCGGCCAGUCGAGCUGAACGGCGACCCUAUGGACGUCGAUGGCGAGGGUGAAGAGCCCGUCGCCGAGGAAAGGGGAGACCACACGCCCAAAGAGAUCGAGGAACCGCUUGCUGAGGGAGACGACAACGAAGAGACCGCGCAAGAAGCGACAAAUGACGUUUCCGCGGGCUCGAAGAAGUCCAAAGGGAAGAAGGGGCAACGGAAAGGCAGGAAGGGGAAGUCUCAAGAUAACGACGAACAUGCCGCGAUGCCUCAAGAAGCUGAGGACGAUGAAGCUCACGAAGCUGAGCUUGAGGGUGAGGACUCAACAUUAAUUGAAGAAGAGCGUGGUCGGAAACACAACGCCCUUGAGGAGCUGAAUAAGAUUGAAAAACAAUUCUUAGCCUUCCAAAAGAAACGGCUGGAGGAACAGCUUGACAGGCUCUCCCUAGAGCUUGAUCAGUUGAGACGACCUGAUUCUACCCAUCAUGAAUACCUCCUUAUGCUACAAGCUGUCGACAAACGUCGCGAUGAAAAGACUCGGCAGGAAGAAGUUCGAUUAGGAUUGAAAAAGGACAUACUCAGAAAGCAGUACGUGGCUAUGCGCAACUCGGUACAUGGGCAAUACAUGCACGAUAUCGCCGAGCUUCGAAUGGACACUCUGUCUGAGUGUAACAAACGGGUAACACAGCUGCAAAGAGAGAGGCGCUAUUGGGGAACAAACGAGCGGGACUACAGCGUCAAGUUCACCCAAAAACGGUCGCAGCAAGUGCAGCAACAAACGGCCUACAAUUUGGAAGUGUCUAUCUUGUCUGGCAUCGCAAAACAUGUUGGCUUCCCCGCAGCACCCGACCUCGCCGCCGCGCGUGUCCCAGAAACGGACCAGGAUCUGGCUGCAAUGGGAAUACCGGUUCGUACAGCACCACCACCAGCCCGCCCAGCAGGACCUGCCGACCCAUCGCAUGCCGACAGAGCUGCGGCCGAGGAGCAGUUCUUCGAGCAGAAUGCCUGGGCAAACCCCCAGCACCCCGCACAUACCCACAACAACUACCAGGCCCCAGGGUCUCAACAGCGCGCAGUCGGCAAUCCUUUCGCGACCCCAGCCGCUCAAAGAGACCGACUUGACUUGCAAGUGCCGAAUGGCUCGGCAUCAACAAUAGACAUGCAGUCGAACCCCCCAUCCGGCACAGCACGAGAACCAACCUCCGCGGCACAACGUGACGCGUACGAGUCGCCAAUCGUUCAGAUAAAGCAAGCCGUGAACCGCACCCAAGGGAACCGUGCGCCGCCGGUCGACACGCCCGUUCGUCCGGGCUCGCAUCCAUCCCGCGAGGCGGCGAAUCAAGCAGACUCCUCACACCACCGCGCCGCAACGGCCCGCGACAUCUACGACAACCCGGGUCUGAUGUCGCAUUUGAGCUUCCCCCAAGGCCCCCCCGGCAGCGGCGGCGGUGGUGCACAAUCGACGACGGCAGAGGGAGACGGCCCUUCGGCCAUCAAGGACGAAGACGCGGGCGAGCAGCUUCAGCGCGCGGCGAUAACGCAGCAGCGGACGACGGGAGUCGUGGGCGGGCUGUUUCGCUGA